AUGUUUGACAAUUUAAAUUUUAACAUAGUAUGGACAGAAUAUUGGCAAUCUCAGGCUCGAAAAUAUUGCGAGUUUUGUAAAUGUUGGUUUGCAGAUAAUAAAGUUUCUAUAUCUUUUCAUGAAAAUGGCAAAAAACAUAAAGAAAGUGUCAAAAAGCAUAUAUCCCAGCUUAGUAAACGAAGUGCAAAGGAAUUUAAAGCUAAAGAAAAGCUUGAUAAUGAGUUACAAAAAAUGGAAAAGGCUGCAAUGAGUGCCUAUUUGAAAGAUGUCCAAAAUAAUGCAGAUUUAACUUCAAAGAAUAUCAAUGAAAUGCUAGAGCAAGAUGGUUGCAACAGUGAUAUUAUUGCACCAAGUGUAAUUACCAACAAAGAACCACUCUGGCAAGAAGUAAAGAAUGAUGAUGCCAAGACAUAUUUCUGGAAUAUAGAAACAAAUGAAACAACAUGGGAUGUACCAGAUAAUUAUCUCUCUAUAGCUCAGCAAGAAGAAAAGAAACUGAGAAAGGACAAAAAACAGAAAAAAAUAUUGAAAGAAAAGCAAAAAGAAGCUAUGAUAGAGGUUAAAGCACAUUUAGUGAGAGAACGUAUGAAAGAAUUAGCUGCAAAGCCGGAAAAACCUGCUCCAACAAUAUUUUCUUAUGGGCCUGAACCACGAAGCAGCAAGCCCUAUGGAAAAUGGGAAACUGUUGUGCAAGAGCCUGUAGAGAAAAUUGAUUUGCAGUUGCCAAAGAAAGAAGUUCAUCUACCACCAGUAGUCGUAGAACCGGAAGUUGUCAAGUUUAAGGAAAAGCGAGUGGACUCACUUGGUGAUGGACCUGUAGAAUUCAAGAAAAGAAAAAUUAAUAAUGCUAAAAGAAAUAUACGACAAAAAUUGAAUGACGAAUAA